AUGAAUACGAUAAGAUCAACUUGGUAUGGAUGGGGUGUGCUCUGCGUUGCCGGCGGAGGAGCCUACUACUUCGCCAAAAAGUCCGUCAACGCCGACCGCGCAGCCCGCUAUGAAGCCGACAUGGUUCGCAAAGCCCAACUAGCUGCAAUUGAAGCCGAAGAUCGUCGACGAGCUACCUCAUCCACGCUGCCGCAGGAAACGCGGAAACCUACAGACGACCCGUCCUUGCAGCGUGCGAGCGCCAGUGCCGUCUCAUACACCGCGAGAGAUGAUGUAGCUUCACCCAGCAGAGAAGCAGGUCAAGAUCCGGUACCGACUCGACAUGAACCAGAAACUGAUGCUGAGGGAUUACUGGAGAAGUCGAAAUAUGAACCUACGCAGCCGUUCCGGCCGCCGCGGGGGAACAGAUUUAGUUGA